UAUAGACCCCCCCACCACCAUACACCACUCAUCUAUGGACCCCCACCAUACACCACUUCUCUAGUGAUUACUUCAUCUAAAGCACAGACCCCUCAUCUUAACCAUAGACCCUUAUCCACCCUUUCAUCCAGAGACCACUGUACUAUAGAGAGACCAUCAUCUGCUGACCCCUCCUCUACAGUCCGUACUUAAGGAGACACUCUGCAUCUCAAGACCUCUUCAUCUGAUGGUCAUUUAUCUCUAGACCCCUUCUUCCCCAGCCUUAUCUGUAGAUGUGUUAUAGACCUGUAGACCCCCUCCUACAGAACCCACACCUCUACAGAUCCAUUCAACCGCCAUACACUGACCCAUUACAUUUACACCCCUUGUGAGAACCUUUACGUUGGAUGAGACCCUUCUAAAGGAGUCCGUGGGGCCAUGGAAGUCUCUGAGGUCCACAACCCAUUGUUUCAUUGAUCUUCUUCCAAUAACCCCUUACAUGCAUAAUUCUGAGACAUCUCUUUGAAGACCACCAAGGGCAAGCCCCUUAACCCCAGGAGGAGCCAUAGUGACGGUUCCAUCACUGCUAUUCCUUUAUUUCUUCUUCCGGAGUCCAGAGAACUUCAUCCUAGGACAAGAACGUCAAAUCCUAAAGACUUUGUCAGCAUGGAGAAGGUUCUCCCGAAAGACCCCACUACUUGACAUCUGGAGUGGGAAGGUCUUAGUAGGGACUCUCGUCGGCUCUGCUACAUCAGGAUUUUAUUAUGCCGUUGGAACAAGUUGCGAUGCUCCCGGCGUAGGAACCACGGUGACCUUUGGGGUGGCCCAAUUCUGAGAGAAUGCUGGGAUUCUGCAGGGGGAGAAGGAAGUUCCUGGCAGCGUCUCUCACCCUCCUUUUCGUUCCAGCAGUCACGUGGAUCUAUCUGUUCACUGGACACUUUGACGAUGGGAAGUCUGUUUCAUUGUCCCCGCUGGACGCCCAGCCUCAUAGUCCACGCUAUGCAGCUUCCAGCCAACGGGAGAGCCUGGAGGUGCGCGUGCGAGAGGUGGAGGAAGAGAACCGCGUUCUUCGCAAGCAACUCAGCCUGGUGCAGGGUCGGAGGUCAUCACAUCGCCACGGAAAUCGGUCAAAAACGUACUCCAUGGAGGAAGGCACGGGUGACAGCGAGAACUUGCGAGCCGGCAUCGUGGCUGGUAACAGUUCCGAGUGUGGCCAACAGCCAGUGGUGGAAAAGUGCGAGACCAUUCACGUUGCCAUAGUGUGUGCGGGAUAUAACGCCAGCCGCGAUGUGGUCACAUUGGUCAAGUCCGUCUUGUUCCACAGGAGAAACCCACUGCACUUCCACCUCAUCGCAGACUCCAUCGCCAAGCAGAUCCUGGCCACGCUGUUCAAGACCUGGAUGGUUCCCGCGGUGCGUGUGGAUUUUUAUGACGCCGACGAAUUGAAGUCGGAGGUGUCAUGGAUUCCUAACAAGCAUUACUCAGGAAUUUAUGGGCUGAUGAAGCUGGUGCUCACCAAGACGCUCCCUGCCAGCCUGGAGCGGGUCAUCGUCCUGGACACCGAUAUCACCUUUGCUACGGAUAUUGCCGAGCUGUGGGCCGUUUUUCACAAGUUCAAAGGACAACAAGUUUUGGGACUGGUGGAAAAUCAAAGUGACUGGUACCUUGGGAAUCUAUGGAAAAACCACAGACCAUGGCCGGCGCUGGGCAGAGGAUACAACACAGGGGUGAUACUUCUGCUCCUGGACAAGUUGCGCAAGAUGAAAUGGGAGCAGAUGUGGCGACUGACGGCCGAACGGGAACUGAUGAGCAUGCUAUCUACCUCCUUGGCUGAUCAAGACAUCUUCAAUGCUGUCAUCAAGCAGAACCCGUUUUUGGUACACCAGCUCCCCUGUUUUUGGAACGUGCAGCUUUCGGAUCACACCCGCUCCGAGCAGUGCUACCGGGACGUCUCGGAUCUGAAGGUUAUUCACUGGAAUUCUCCCAAAAAGCUGAGAGUGAAGAACAAACAUGUGGAAUUCUUCCGGAACCUGUACCUGACCUUCCUGGAGUACGAUGGGAACCUCCUGCGCAGGGAGCUGUUCGGCUGCCCCAGCGAGACCGACGUCAACAGCGAGAACCUCCAGAAGCAGCUGUCAGAACUGGACGAGGACGAUUUGUGCUACGAGUUCAGACGGGAGAGAUUCACCGUCCACCGCACUCACCUCUAUUUCCUGCACUACGAGUACGAGCCGGCGGCGGACGACACAGACGUCACUCUGGUGGCGCAGCUGUCCAUGGACAGGCUCCAGAUGCUGGAAGCCAUCUGCAAACACUGGGAGGGCCCCAUCAGCCUGGCCCUGUACCUGUCAGACGCCGAGGCCCAGCAGUUCUUACGGUACGCCCAGGGCUCCGAGGUGCUGCUCAACCGCCGCAACGUGGGCUACCACAUCGUCUACAAGGAGGGGCAGUUCUACCCGGUCAACCUGCUGAGGAACGUGGCCAUGAAACACGUCAGCACCCCCUACAUGUUCCUCUCUGACAUAGACUUCCUGCCCAUGUAUGGACUCUACGAGAGCCUCAGGAAGUCGGUGGUGCAGCUGGACAUGAGCAACACCAAGAAGGCUUUGAUCAUCCCGGCGUUUGAGACCCUGCGGUAUCGGCUCUCCUUCCCAAAAUCGAAAACCGAAUUGCUCUCCAUGUUGGAUAUGGGCACCUUAUUCACCUUUAGGUACCACGUCUGGACCAAAGGGCACGCUCCCACCAACUUCGCCAAGUGGAGAACGGCCACGACCCCUUACCGCGUGGAGUGGGAGGCAGAUUUCGAACCCUACGUAGUGGUCAGACGGAACUGUCCGGAGUACGACCGCAGAUUUGUUGGGUUCGGGUGGAACAAAGUGGCUCACAUCAUGGAGUUAGACGCGCAGGAAUAUGAAUUCACGGUACUGCCUAACGCCUACAUGAUCCACAUGCCUCACGCCCCGAGUUUCGAUAUCACCAAGUUCCGCUCGAACAAGCAAUAUCGAAUUUGCCUAAAAACGUUAAAGGAGGAAUUCCAACAAGACAUGUCCCGGCGGUACGGAUUCACGGCUCUCAAAUACCUCACUGCGGAGAACAACAGCUAACAAGACCUGGAGGAUGGAAGGGCUCGGGUGUGCCGAACAUCUGGUGAAGGCCUCAAAGGCAUGGCGUCCACAGUCAGUGGUUGAUUGGAGACCCCUGGGUCAUUCAAGGAACUUUAACCUAUUGUCCUUUAUGCCCCUUGACUUCAGUAAACCAUCAAAGCAGAGAACAUACCGAUAUGGAUCCAGGUAGAUAGAACGUUACGAGGAACUCGACUUCUUACCUGGUGCUACAGAACAAAGCUGACAUGGAGGAAAUCUACCCGACAUGAUGUCCAGUGUGUGACAUCCAAGGUUGUCAGCCAUAUCUCCCUGGCCUAACCCCCGCCGUCUGCUUUGCCAGCAAGUAGCCGAAUACUUUGUUCUGAAACUUCUUCCAGAAGCUUCUGGUGAGUGCUCAGCUGAGCUUCAAAGUAGCAGAUAGGAGUUCCACCAUAUCUAGUGAUGAGCAUAUCGAUUGCCGUAGCGGCUAUAAGACUAUUUUUGAGUUCUACCAAGCCCCUUCCUGGGACAACGCACAGAUGUACUGUUCUGCAACUUGCCUGCCAGGGGGGGCAGUCCCACAAAAUUGAGGGACUUGGUGUGAAAUCUCUAAACUUUCAUGCAAAAAAAUAAAAAUAAUAUAAAAAAACAAAGUAGCAGUGUUGACAUUGGAAAGAUCCAAAGGGCAUUUCUUUCUAUUUUUGUAUUGUAUUCAUUGCUGUAUAAAAGAAAUCAAAAGUAUUCAUGCCCUGCCAUCUCUACGGACUAUGCUGAGCUGAGCGACUGAUCGUGAUUGUUCUUUGGUUUUGGAAGGUGAACGUGACUCCCUGUAUCAUGAGGCCAAGCUUCUCCCGAUGGUGACACCAUGACCUCUAAGACUUAAUGCCUCUUGUUCUUGGGCUCAUUCUUUUACCGGCUGAGAUAAUCCUGCGAUUGGCUUGGGCAUCGGGAAAACAACAAUGGGCUCGGACUUCUGUAGGGCUUCGCUAUUUAUACUGCGGCAUGUUCAUUUUCAGAUAAAUCUUAGCUCCGUCCGUUACCUUUGAAGCCCAGAACAUUACUAUGCAAUGUCUUACUGGACUUACAUGUUGGAACAUGGUCCAUGUCCGUGCCCACCGAGUAAAGAUGAACUCGUGCAUGGAAAGGGUAACAUUUCCCAUGGAUUCGACCCAAGAGAAAGAUGGUGAUGCAGAAAGUUCCGACCCACCUAAGAGUGUUGAUGGACGUUCGUGAAGGAGGAGUUAUAACCCAAGAGAUUUUUCCACUAUUUUUUACCGUUCAGUAUUAAUUGUCAUGUUUACAAAGAAGGACAUUAAGUCUAAUGCACUAGACCUGCUGUCUGGGACUGCUUGUUAACCAAUGGAAGAUGGCGCUCGGAGACAGAGGAAAAAAAAACACAAGGCCGUGUUCUGUUCUCAUCCGAUGUAUUGUAGAUCCACGCGACGUGCGCGUGAAAUCAUGAAUCCUUUACACAAACAUUUGUCUUUUGUUUUUUUUUUCAAAUUUAUUUUAACCAGAAGUUUGGCUAAAAAGGCUAGACAUGAGCAAAAAGGAAAGAUGUCUUGAAGAUGUUGAAGAGCACUUUAGGCAAGGACUACUCAAAAAGUUGUAGGAAUGUAAAGUGGCUCAGGCUAGAACAAAACGUCUUGAGGAGCACUAUAGGCCAGGACAACCCAAAAAGUUGUAAGUGUGGUAAAGUGGCUCAGGCUAAAACGAAACAUGAACGAAUGGGAAAUAUGUCUUGAAUAUCUUGAGGAGCACUAUAGGCCAGGACUACUUGAAAAGUUGUUAGUAUUGUAAAGUGGCUCAGGCUAAAAUGAAACUUGGGCAAAAAGGAAAGAUGUCUUAAAGGUUUUGAUAAGCACUUUAGACCAGGACAACUCAAAAAGUUGUUAGUAUUGUAAAGCGGCUCAGGCUAGAACUAAACUUGAGCAAAAAGUAAUGACGUCUUGAAGUUCUUGAGGAGCACUUUAGGCCUGGACUACUCGAAAAGUUGUUAGUAUUGUAAAGUGGCUCAGUGCUUGUCAGUACCCCAUAUGGCUCUCCAUGGGUCAUAUUAGAGCAGGGUCACAAACUGAGGAGGGCGGGGGCCAUGACAAUACAUUCUACACCAAUACCCCCAAGAUGAGCAGUCCCAGCCUUAUACUGGCCAUAUAGAUUGUCUUGGCGGGAUUGGCUGACUAUCUAAUGUGUAUUUUGGCUACAUACCAAUUCCCGCCCAACAGCUGGUAGUGAUAACGAAUGGGUAUAAUGGCUCUUGGUAGAGGUAAGCUGCCGUCAGGUGUGUCUGGCAGCAGCUUUAGUCACUAUCCCAUUUAGAACACAUGCACACUUGACACUUGGGGAAGUGGUAAAGAUAGCCGUGUAUGGCCAACUCUACACAUGUCGGCAAGCCCAAACAUUUUGUCAGGUUCCCCCAACAAGCUAUUGUGUCUAGAGAGAGACUAUCCCCCAAUGGCUCCUGUUGGAUAUAAUGGUUGGGCAGGUUCAUUCAUUCCCUGCAGAUACCUAGUACCAGGGUUGCAUGGUGUCCAUUUAUUUCCAUUCCCUUGAACCAGAUGUGCAUGGUGGGGGGAUGGUUUACAAGACGUUUGGUCAGCAGUUUCCACCUCUUCAUGACCAUCCAUUUUUGUUUGGCUAAUCGUGUUGUGUCUAUAGGAGAAGUAACCUAAAUGGCGCCCCCUUUUACAAGAAACGUGAGCACCUGGAGCCCUAUUAUAUUCAUUGUUAUGGGUGGACAACCCCAAACCCAAAGUUGUCGGCCAUCUUGAGAAGAUUUUGUUGUAAGAUCAUCAAUGGCAUCUACUAUGGUCCCCAUGUUCUUGACCUAAUCUUUUUGCUCGUUUGAUGUAAAAUUUCUUUGCUCUGUGUUUUUUUUUGUGCCUACAGAUUUAUCCGUCUGAUUAUUUUUUUAACUUUUAUCAUCUCGGUGACAUAAGUUUGUUUUCAUUCACGUCAGUACAACACUAAUCUGCAAUUAUAGCGGGGGAAGUGAUGGGUUUGUGUACCAAAACUGACCUUGUUGCCCAUGGCAACCAAUCACUCAGAGCAGGGAGAUAGGACCAGUGUCCUAAUAGCAUCAAAUACUGGACUGACUGGUCAAUUCGAGACAAGUUAAUGGGGUUGUCCAGAACCCCUCCCAAAAAAACCAUAGCUGCUUUUGUCCAAAAAACUGUGCCAAACCGUGCCAUAGGUUGUGUCUGGUAGCUGCAAUACCACAGACAACCUGAGGAAAGGUGUUGCGCUGUUGUUGGACGAAAGUGGCUUCAUUUUCUAGUUCCGGACAACCCCUUACGGCUACCGAUACAAGUUAGGGUGCGUUCACACCACGGUUUAGUUUACGUUUAAUGUAUAUAUUUUCCUAUUGACUUAUGUUAUAGGGUACGCUGAGGAACAAUGGGAGGAUCCCAACGAUAGUCCGGCGCUCCGGAGUAUGGUAAAAAAAAAUGUACACAUAGGCAGUGCAGAUAAAACCAACCAAAUAGUUAUAGGGUAUCGCUAACGGAGCCUAUUUCUCGCUGCGCAAAAUGUGCUGCGCAGCGGGAAAUAUGCUGCGUAUUCUGCAAUGAGCAUAGACACAGGGCUAUCUGGCGGUAGCUCUGUGUAUUCAGUGAUGUUUGGGGGCGGUACAGUAACGCCGGCGCGUGAAAUACGCUGCGUUAGCGAUACGUUGGAGCGGACCCAUAAGAAGAAAUUAAAUUUAAAAAAAAAACUGACCAUAACAUAUCCAAUUUUGUUACACACACAUUAGAGUGAUCGACCACGUUUUGCAUACCGCACGCUCAACAACCGCGCUAUUAUGUGCGGAAAAAAAAACGUAGGCCUUACGAUCUGUCUAUCUAUAUACACACACACACAUAUAUAUAUAUAUAUGUAUAUAUAGUAAGUCAAUAGGGAACGGCUUAUACUGUCUGCCAUCCGCUUUUAGCAUUCGUGCGUUUACGUUAAACGGAUAGCGAUAACGCGGUGUGGACGCACCCUUAGAUAAGAAGUAAAAUCUGACUGGGACACUUAGGUGGCUUGUCGCCAAUAGCAACCAAUUAGGGUUUAAAAAAUAUAUAUAUAUAUAUAUAUAUAUAUAUAUAUAUAUUUGAAAGUUGAAUUGUGAUUGACUGCUCUGAAUGGAAGAGUUGCCCAUAGCAACCAAAGAGAACAAAGGGAAAGUGAAAGAAUGAAUCUGAUUGGCUGUCUGGGGCAUCUCCUUCCACCUUGACCUUUGUAGGGCCAUAGCAACCUAUCAGAAUGCUUGUUUCACUUAGAUUAGAAAGUGAAACUUAAACUGAGGUUGCUAUGGCAACAAAACGAUUUGUACUCUAAAGCAGUGUUUCCCAAUUGGGGGUGUCUACAGCUAUUGCAAAACUACAACUCCCAGCAUGCCCGGACAGCCGUUGGGACCCUGAUUUUUGGGUUUAAAUGGCUGCAAAAUUGCAGGAAAAAAAUGCGCAAAAAAUAAAAAAAAAUGUCCGCAACCCGUAAAUAGGAAAUGGAAGUAACCUCAUCGUCUCCCAGUCCACGUAUGAGAAGAGCGACACGGGGCCCCUGAGAGAGGACACUGUCCUUGUUGCCCAUAGCAACCAACCAGAGCCCACUUUUAUUAAUCACCCUUGAUUGGUUGCUAUGGGCAACAUGGCGGCCGGGCCUCUGAGUUUGUCGCGCGUGAAUGUGUUCGCAGCGACUCCAGUGUAAAAUGGCUUGUAAAUACAUUUCGGGAAACAUUUGUUUAUUUUCAGUUGUGCAAUAAAAUUGUGAAAUAA